CAUGCGCACGGAUUGUCAAAAAUACGUGUUUGUUUUCGUGUUCGUGGAUUGAAAAUUGAUGAAAAAAUGAUUUACUAUUUGAAUUCUUAAAUAAUUUUAAGAAAAAUCUAGUUAUUUAUGUAGUGAAAUACUAUUAGUUAUUGUAGAAAUACAUUAAACUAUGACAGAUAAAGAAGAUGAUACCAAAAUUCCCGAAAAAGAACCACUAGACGAUAAAGCUUUAGAAAAAUUGGCGGUAGAGGAGCUGAUGCGUGAAGCAGUGCAAGGCGCUGCUAGAGCCGAAAUAGUGGGUCCCUCGGGUUGGGUCAAAGCGCCGCAACAGAAAACCAACAAACGUUUCCUUGUCAACACACUGCGGCAUGCUGUGAGCUCUAACAAGUACCACAGCUCGCGAUACAACCGCAAGCAGCCCUACACUCGUUCUCCUAAACACGAUCGAAAACCAGAACCUUCUAUCAAAAAAGACAAAUUAAAAAAGUAA